AUGGCCCAAGUUUUCGUGUAUGGGACCCUCAAGAGAGGACAGCCCAACCAUCAAGUCAUGCUGGACAGUACCAACGGCACAGCAGCCUUCUGGGGCCGGGGCCGCACGGUGGAGCCCUACCCUCUGGUGAUUGCCGGAGAGCAUAACAUUCCACGCCUGCUGAACCUCCCAGGACAGGGACGCUGUGUGGCUGGAGAGAUCUAUGUUGUUGAUGACCAGAUGCUGCAAUUCCUUGAUGAGUUUGAAGGCUGCCCAGACAUGUAUCAGCGCACUCUGGUGACGAUUGAAGUACUAGAGUGGGAAGGUAAGUGCAGCGCCCCUGAGGAAACGCCAGCUGCUCACAGGAUCGUACAGUGCUUCGUGUAUAGCACAGCCACCUACCCGCCAGAGUGGGUCCAUCUCCCAUACCAUGAAAAUUAUGACUCUCAGGGGAAGCAUGGGCUUCGUUAUAAUCCACGGGAAAACAGGUGA